UCACCACUUUGUAGCAAAGGGCGAUUAAAAUGUCUGGUUCACGUCGCAGUUUGCCUCGCCAUAGUAUUGCUUCAAUAAAAUCAGCUAUUCAAAAUGUUGCCCGUUUCCGUUGGCUGAUAUUUUUCACUGGACAAUUCGCAAACUUUGCCAACAAUCUUGUUGGAUCAAGUUUGAGUUUAACAAUUGUUGCCAUGAUUGAAAAGGAUAAAAUCAUUAAUACAACUCUGGACAGUAAUAAUUCAACUAUUGUAAUGAAACCAACAUCAGGUAAAAUCCAUGUAGACUGGAGUCAUGUGGACAAGGAUCACAUGCUUCAAGCCGCUUUUUGGGGAACUCUUGUCAUGUCACUAUUUGGUGGUCGUAUAUGUGAAUUGUUUGGUCCAAGGAAAGUUGUAUCUCUAGCUCUUGCAACUACUGGAUCAGUUAAUCUUUUGUUUCCAGUAAUUUCAAUUCACAGUUUCUAUGGAGCCUAUUUUGUACGAGUUGUCCAGGGCUUGUGCGCGGGGCUUAUCCAACCUUCGACAUAUGUCGUUGUCUCUCGUUGGUCUACUGCAUACGAACGAACACUUUCGAAUGGUGUUGUCUCAUCUGGUGGUUCAUUAGGUAAUCUCAUUUCUCUUCCCCUUUCUGGUCUUUUGGUCAGCUCUAGUCUAUUUGGAGGUUGGCCAGCCGUCUUUUACAUAUUUGGUGGUUUUAAUCUUGUUAUGGCUGUCGUUUGGUUCAUUAUUAUUUAUGAUACUCCUGAAGAACAUCCUUAUUUAGGCGAAGAAGAACUCGAAGAAAUAUUAACUAGACGAUUGCUCAAGUCAGGUGCUCCGGCGAAAAUCUCGUGGGGGAAAAUAUUUACGUCCAUUCCAGUUUACGCUUAUCUUUUACCAGCUUUCACUUAUAGUUGGGUCGUUGCUAUUGUUAUUAACCAGAUUCCUUCAUUUUACGAAGAGAUUCUUGGCUUUUCACACGAAGCCAAUGGUUUCGUGGCCAGUCUUCCUUGGAUUGUGUCAAUGUUUAGUGCACUGGUUGGUAGUACCAUUGCGGAUAAAAUUCGAAGGAAAAAUAUUGUCUCAUUAUCAUUAAUUCGAAAAUCUUUCACUGCAGUGGGGCUUGGCUGCGUUUCGUUGGGAUUAGUUGCGAUUACCUUAUUGAAAGAUAAACGAAUUGCUGUUGUGUUAACGCUGGGUGUUUGCAAAGGAUUGGGAACUCUGUCGACUGCUGGUUAUGCGGCGAAUCAUCUGGAUAUAGCUCCAUCUUUUGCCGGAACUUUGGCUGGUUUUGCAGGUGCUAUUGCCAGUAUAGCAUCAUUAGCGGCCAAUGAAGGAGCAGCUUUAAUCGUUGGCAAUAAACCAACUCAAAAAAAUUGGUACAAACUAUUUUACAUCUCAUCAGCAAUCAAUUUUUGUGGUGUCGUCUUUUAUUGUAUCUUUGGUUCUGGGGAGACGCAAAGUUGGGAUCCUUCUUGUGUUCGAAGACAAAGUGUUAAAUCGAUAAUGAGUAACAAAUCACGGAAAUUUAGCAUGAAGUCAAUAAACGAUGACAAUAACAAUCAUCAAAAUGAACCACAGCAAGUACAGGCUGAUCAACAAAACCAUCCUCAUGGAAGUGUCCAUCACGUAACAAUAUCAACUGACGAAACUGUUGAGUUCCAAUAGGUUUUGAUUGACAAUGCAGGAAUAAUUAGUCACAAUUGCAUUGGAUUCAGACCAUCAUUCUGGAGAUCAUAAUGUUCAAGUUUUAUAACUACAAUCAUGUUUUUACCCAAGAAUCGAUCAAAUUGAUGUCAAGAUGCCGACGUCAAAUCAAUUUCGACCAAAUGAACAGUUUUUCAAAUCAUGUAACUUGAUUGUAAUUUUUUAUCAGAUGUAUCAUCCCUCGCAUCGUUCCUUGUUUGCAUUUGAUUUCGAUAUUCAAUUCUUCCAAACUCUGAAAAUGUGAAAGAAAAUAAGAUAUAUUAAUCAAUAAACUUGGUAUAAAUUAUAUUGAA